UGUAUUUAUUUAUUUGUUAUAUCUAUUUAUUACUUUGACCUUUAUAUCAGAACCCCUCCCGUUUUUUCUCCUUCCUUUCAUUUCAUUUUCUUCUGUGUCUCUCAUUUGUGUCCUUUUGUUUCCAUUUUUUAUGCAUCUUUUUAAAAACUUUACCUUUUUCUCUUCAUAAAAUCUAUCGCUAUCUUCCUCUUCUUUCUUCUUCUGCAACUUUCAUGGCGGUUUUACCCACCAGCUUGGAGUUGACAAUAUCUGUUCCUCGCUUCUCUUCUUCAUCUUCUAUUCCUUCUUCUGGUGAUCAAGGGGCUUCUACAGUGAGAGAUUUGGACAUAAACCAAGUACCAUCAGGAGGAGCAGAAGAUGAAUGGAUCACAGCAAGCAUGGAAGAUGAAGAAGAAAGCUGCAAUGGAGCCCCUCCUCGCAAAAAACUUCGUCUUACAAAAGAACAGUCUCGUCUUCUUGAAGAAAGUUUCAGACAAAAUCAUACCCUAAACCCUAAGCAGAAAGAAACAUUGGCUUUGCAGCUGAAGCUUAGGCCAAGACAGGUUGAAGUUUGGUUUCAGAACCGUAGGGCCAGGAGCAAGUUGAAGCAGACAGAGAUGGAGUGUGCGUACCUGAAGAGAUGUUUUGGAUCAUUGACUGAACAGAACCGGAGGCUUCAGAGGGAGGUGGAGGAGCUUAGGGCCAUGAAAGUAGGGCCACCAACCGUGAUUUCGCCUCAUAGCUGUGAGCGUCUACCAGCAUCAACCCUUAUAAUGUGCCCUCGAUGCGAGUGUGUCACCAACACUGCCCAUGACAAGGGUCCCACCAAAAUGACAGCCGCCACCACCACUGCCGCCCCAUUGUCAUCUAAAGUUGGGACAUCAACCCUGCAAUCAAGGCCAUCUUCGGCGGCUUGUUAGUCAGGCUUAAUGACCCACUUUAAGAAGUUUAUAAAAAAAAAAAAAAUUAUUUAGGGAAUGUUCAUAUUAGUUUACACACAAAUUUGUAAGUGAUAGAUACUACAUAUUAGUAUCUAAUCUACAUAGGGAUUUUACUUGGUUUUGCUUUCUGUUUAUUUUAUUGAUCAAUAUUUUAUUA